AUGGGCACCCCCGCCUCUGUGGUGAGUGAGCCGCCCCCCUGGCAGGCCCCGACUGAGACCCGGGGCCGCAAGCAGGCCUCGGCCAACAUCUUCCAGGACGCUGAGCUGCUGCAGAUCCAGGGCCUGUUUCAGCGCAGUGGGGACCAGCUGGCCGAGGAGCGCGCGCAGAUCGUCUGGGAGUGUGCUGGGGACCACCACGUGGCCGAGGCCUUGAAGAGGCUGCGCAGGAAAAGGCCCCCACGGCCGAGGCCCCUGAGCCACUCGCUACACCACUGCAGCCGGCUCAGAAUCCCAGAGUCCCACGCUCCACCAGCCGACCCACAGAGCAGUGCCACGGAGAUGGCUUCCGGCGAUCAGUAUCUGAACUCUAGGAGGGCAAGUGCCAGGAUCCGCCGGAACUGGAGGAAGCCGAGUCCCACAAGCUACCUCCAUCAGAUCAGACACUGAUCUGGGGAAGGGGCUGGGAAUGGCUGUGUCUUCCCCAGGAUUCAUAGGGACUUUGGCCAAAGGGCCUGGGGAGAAGAAGGAAGAGAGAGUUGAAGCAGACAGCCUCACAUAAGUAAAUGAAAUCCUGAUGCCAUUGGCCUGAUCGAGUCAGAACAGGACCAGAGGCUUCCACUGAGCUGUUUUAUGGGACCCACUCCUCACCAGGUCAAGAAAGUGACCGUUCCUGCCUCAGCCCUUCCCAAUUUAACACUAUACUGGGCUGCAUGACAUACCCCUGGGAGUCAAGUGACAGGUACGCAGACUCAGCAUCUCACCACUUCUGCUACUACUGUAACCCGUGGUCCAGCAGCCUGUCCCACAGCCCUGUCCCUUCAGACCAGCACAAGGAAAACGUGGUUUAAGUGGCAAAAUAAAAACAUCUGCAUCAAGAA